AUGUCCCUGGCGAGCGCCGCCCCGCCAUCGUCCGCGCGGGUCCACGCGCCCUCGCGACUCAUCGCCCGGACGCCCUCGGCCACCGGGCGCCAUCGCCGUCGCGUCGUCGUCCGCGGAUCGUCGACAAAGGCCGACGACGCGGGAGCUCCCGCGACCGUGGAGCAGCGGAAGCGGCGGCUUGUGCAGCUGUGCGCGAGGACCGACAGGGGCAAGAGCGCCACUCCGGAGGUGGCCGCGGAGAUCGAGUCCAUCGUCGCGGCGCUCGAGGCGGUCAACCCCACCAAGGACCCGGCCGUGAACAGAGAGCUCAUCACCGGCAAGUGGUCGCUCCUCUACACGGGCGCCUCCGCGGAGGACGCGGCGAAGCGCGCCGAGCUCGAGGGCGCCAUCGGCUCCGCGCUCACGGAGGUGAGCGGUAGCAGCGGUAACGUCGCCAAGAAACGGAACGACGACGACGACGAUGACGGAUCAUCCUCCGAGGGAGGAGGAGGAGGAGGAGGAGGAGGAGGAUGGAGCGAAAACGAAAAGGGCGGCGACGCCAAGCCGAUGGGCCGGACCAUAUCCACGUUCAGCGGCGACGCCGUAGACAACAGGGGUAAUUUCCAGGACAUCGACGCGUUCAAGGGGGAGGUGCUCAACAGAGCCGAGCUGACGAUCUUCGGCGUGCCCCUUCAGGUCGAGAUCGUCGCGGCGUGCGAGCCGGUGGACCCCGGCGUCACGGGCGGAGAGUCGAGGCGAUUGGCGGUGGCGUUCCGGAAAGUGAGGCUCACGCUCGGGCCCGUGCCGACGCUGACGAUACCGCUGGGUUGGGUGAACGACGGGCGAGGACCGGAGGGAUGGCUCGACACGACGUACCUGGACGACGACAUGAGGCUCGGGCGCGGCGAUAAGGGCAGCACCUUCGUCACCGUGCGCAGAAAGUGA